CCUGCUGGAGCUGCUCUUUGAAAAUAACGCACAGGUAGAUUUUACCUGAGAUAAAUAUCGCCAGUGACAGUUGGAUUGGGGAAGAGAAUUGAAUGCAAUUUAACCCUCUAAUUAAGAGGUAAAGGAAGUUCCAUUAAGAGGGACGAUUAAGAUAAGAGUUGUAAAGGUAGCAGGCAUUGUUUACCUCAGUUUUAUAAAAGUAUGCAAGAUGGGGUGUCAGAACAAUGGUGCGUAUAUAAUUAAUACAGAGGGUUUGUACACAGGUGACUUUAAAUCGCAGAGGAUUCUCAAUUAUAUUCCGUAAAAACUACACUAAAAUUCUAUAAAAUAACAUCAUGGUUGCUCCAAAAACUUUACACACAACACAGAACAAACAAAAGUACCAUUUCAUGGGUCUUAUAGAGUUAAGAACGCAUAUAACACGGGUAUUCAUUUUUCUAUUCAAAUUAAGGUAUCAGCAUAACGUAUAUCGACUUUUUGUGUGAUUUAUUUAAAUGGCAAAUACUGGUAGGCUAACAGCCACUAUAACAUGCUGCAGCGGUAACCCUGUAAUUAAAUGACACUUAUUGAAAUCACACCCGCCGAGGUGUGAAAACAUACACAUUGCUCAUCCUAAUCACCUAUUCUUUUGUCUGGCCCUUAAAUUUGCACUGAGGUCAAAGUUGCUCUUGCCUCGGUCACACAGCAUACUGUCAUCGUUCUUCCAAUAGGUCUUGUAAAUAGAUCUUUAGAGUCCUUUUAAGAUACUUUCAUUUGAAAAAAUACAUCAUGCUUUAUUCGCAUUCAUAUAAAGUUUUAUCAGAAAAAUAUGAAAAAGCAAACAUUUAACCCGACAGUUACUUCAAUAUGACCCAUCAGUCAUAAAUGUUCAAGUUUUUGCAUUAAUAAAUGAGACAAAAUAUCGAAUCUUAGCAGUGGGCCGGAUAUAACAAUGUUACGCAAGCAGGAGAAAUUGUUUCAAAGGGGAAUCCUUUCAGAAGGUUAAAUCCGUAGAGUAAUAGAAGUUAGAUGAAUACUGUUUUGUAAUAUUUUUCCUUAGCCAGUAUUCGCCCUAAAGUAUCUUCUUGUCCUGCGUGUCACUGAUAACGUGACUUAAACCAAUCACGUGUCGGAAUUAUAUCUAUUCGUCGAUCUUAUUGUUUCUUGAUUGUUGCAUGUCUGCUCACCCUCGGAUCGGUAACUCAUUGUGGUCAAAGAUACGAUCUUUUUACCUGUAGCUCACUGAUUAAGCUUAACUACCUGUGAACACCUGACAUAAGCUGGGAGCUUAAAGACAAUGAUGUCACCUGGAUAUGGCCAUUGCAAGAUCUGUAAGUUAUUCACCUGCCAGGUUGUUUGAGCUUAACAGCGACUUUGGAAUCUUUAUAAAAUGCGGGAAACGUACCAGAGCCCAUCACAUCUGAGUCAUCAGCACUUGUGACCACUACAAGACGCCUUGACUUACUGAAGGGUUCUAGAUGGAACAGAAGAAAAUGUCUGCUCGCCAGUUGUCCAAAAUCGACGCCUAUGCAGUCGUCGAAUGGGACGACAAAACCAUAUCUGGCAUGAAGACAUCGGAAUUAGCUUCUAAUGAAAAGAUCCAACGGGGCGUGCGUGUUUCCUACGAAUUUGAAGAUUCUGGGAAGUCAGAAGGAACGGUUUUAGCCACAACCAAUUCCAUACAUGCGCACAUGGCUAAGGUGCGCUAUUACACUGGCACAAACAAUUCACUGAUUUCGAUUAGAGACAGCGAAGAUAGCGGGGAAGAUACAGCAGAGACCGCAACUGAUACUGAGACAGAGACAGACUCGGAGUCUGAGAGUGGUCAGGUCCCCACCCCCCCUGCCCCAAAAACGAAGAAAAAGCAUGGACCCUUGCUGGCCCUAGGUGAAGCAGGACCGAAUGACGGACUAGACCAACCAGCGCCCGUAUUGCAUUGCGACUGCAGAGGAGCACUAGUUAAAAUCAUGGAUAAGCUAGAGGAAUUGGACAAGAAAAUGGACGCAAUACAAGACCUCGUAAAAGACAAAUUAAUAGAGCCCGAAGCCUGCCCCAGCCCCCUUUCCAGCCCCACCUCCCCCCACCCCCUUCAACGCCCCACAUGGUCGACCCCCCUGCCCAUUCCAACUCCUUCCACCCCCCUUCCCACUCUUACUUCCAACCCCCGUCCCGCCCCUACUACCAAUCCCCCUCCCAACUCAACCCCUACCACCCCCCGCCCCACUCCCACUUCCACGUUCCGCCCCACUCCAACUCCUACUUCCAACCCUCGUCCCGCCCCUACUUCCACCCUCCGCCACACUCCAACCCCUACCACCCCCCGCCCCACUCCCACUUCCUCCCUCCGCCCCACUCCAACUCCUUCCACCCCCGGUCCCACUACUAUCACCCCCCUGCCCUCUCUAAUUCGUCCCAGCCCCCUGCCCUCUCCAAUUCCUCCCAGCCCCCUGCCCUCUCCAAUUCCACCCACCCCACUGACCACGCCAACUCCUUUUAUCCCCCGUCCUACUCCAACAUGUUCCACCCCCCGUCCUAGCCCGGUUCCCACCCACCCCUUGUUCAACAUUCCUCCAAGACCAAACCCUAACCAUGCCACCCCUCUUCCACCCCUUAUGAUAGUAUCCCCCCAGGCGACCCAGCCGCACAACUCUUCCCUCUCUGACCCUGUGCCCUUCCCCAGUCCUUUGUCAACCAUGCCUUCCCAAAAUCUCCUCACCACUAGAAACAGUGCCCCCACCUCUGCCACCCAAGGUGCCUUUACUAUGCUCUCCGAUUUGGACUUGGCAAAAAUUAAAAUUCAAUCCAACGGCCCAGCAAGCUUCUGCGUCAAAGUAAUGUCCAACCUUUUUAGCCCUAACGAAAGAAUAGACCCGACAAGAAAUGUUCAGGGGUCCUCAAAAGGACAAGACAAGCGCGUGCCGAUGGACGUUGUGAGAGUGGGGUUUAUAAGAAACGCCGUCCGGAAAUUUUACCCCGAACAUAGGGAAGACAAUUUUUGGAAUAAAAUGGUAACUGCCAUGAACACGGCCAACAGAAAUCUAAGGAGUUCAAAAAAAAAGAAGUGAUCCCUUUAACCGAACAAAUGAAAUGAAGCUUUAUUCCCCCCUUUUUUAUUAUGAAAACCCCCCUCCUUUUUUCACACAUUGAAUUCUAUUGUUUAUAAUGUAUUAUCACGCGUCACCUGCCUUCCCCAACAUGUUCCACGCCCCGUCCUAG